AUGCAAGUCAUACAACAUAAAUUUCCAUUAACUCAUUGCCAAAUUAGUUCGCAUCCUCCAUACGAAAGUCAACAAAUGUUAACAACAAUGUCAAAUCGCAUUCAUCAGCCAUUAGUAUUUUCAGUUGAUGAUCGUUUAUUAGAACAAAAUUUAACACGACUUGACCUAUGUUCAAAACAUUUACACAGAAUCGAUAAAUUACCAAAUAAUAUUAAUUUUAAUAUUAUUUUACUUGAUCAAAAUGAAAUAAGUAAAAUUGAAAAUCUAGAUAAUUUUCCACAACUAAUUCAAUUAUCAGCAUCUCAUAAUCGUCUUGUCGAUAUUCGUUUACUUAAUCGAUUACGAUCUUUACAAAAACUCAAUUUAUCAUAUAAUUUAAUUGAUUCAAUUGACUGUCUUAAAAAUUUACAAAAUCUUACUAUGUUGAAUAUUUCGAAUAAUAACAUUCAUAGUAUUGCUGCGUUGAGUACAUGUCAUGCUUUACAAUCAUUAGAUGCAAGUGAAAACGCAAUUCAACAGAUUGAAGAUCUUUCACAUUUGACAUCUCUUAAAUAUUUAAAUUUACAUAAAAAUUUUAUUGAUACAUUAGUUUCAAUUCCACGUCAUUGGCCAAAAUCACUGCAUACACUUGUUAUAUCCGAUAAUGAAAUUCAAGAUUUAACUGAAAUUUCUUAUCUAACGUCGUUUAUCGAUUUAAAUACACUUUAUAUUGCUGAUAACCCGUGUCUAUCUGUCAUUGAUGAAAGAUAUGGUUGCCAUCAACCAUUCGAUUAUCGGCCAUAUAUUCUCAAUUGGUGUUUAUCUAUCCAUAAUUUAGACGGAAUAUUUAUUACGCGAAAAGAAAGUUUAAAAGCUGAAUGGUUAUUAAGUCAAGGCAAAGGUCGAUCAUUUCGACCCGGUGACCAUAUAGAACUUGUUCAAUAUUUAACAAGAGUCUGUGGAACAGAUCCCGAUCAAAGAGACGAUCUUCAUCUAUCACGUAUUAUGCUUCAAAAAGAUUUAUAUAAUCAACACAGGCAAAGUGUAGAUGGUACAGUAAAACAAUAUAGAAUAUGCUUUUCAAAUCUCAACAAUUUAUUUGUAGAUCAAAUGCUAGCAACAUCUGAUACGAUGAGAGAUGCCAAUGAAACACUAUCGAAAACUGCUCAAGCAAAAUCUCAACAGAGUACAAUAAUAUCAGAAUCGGAAUUUCUUAAAUUGACUUCUUCAGUUUCUACGGCUGAUGUACAUCUAGUAUCUACUCAUCGUAAGAUUAUUCGAUUGCAUUUCAAUUUUUCUUUUUCAAAACGUCUGCCACAUGUAGAACAACAGAUGCGAACGCCUAGUCCAGGAUUUUCUAGACCAACCAGUGUCAAUACGAAUUAUAUCGAUGAGCAAAUAACUGACAACAGUUCUAGCAAACGUUAUACUAAUUAUGAUAAUCGACCUAUAAAACCACUUGAUAAAGAUAUGCUGCAAACCAAACUCAAUGAAUAUCCAGUUAAUAAUAAUACCAAUAGCAAUGCAAAGAGUUUUCAUUCGAAAACGUCCAGCAAUACUCCACAAGCUAAGCGAAUAUCGCCUCAUUUAGUCUACAAUGCUAAUCGUUAUUCACCAAAAAUAACAAGAAUCGGACCAACUGCUUCAUCCGCUUUACAUACAACAUCAAAUCGAAAUAUUGUUCGACAACGUCACAAUCGUGUUAAACGUCAAACAACCAAUUCAAGUCACACCAACGCAUUACGAGCACUGAAUCAUUCACUUGAAGAAAGUGUACAUUGCUUGACAACGAUAGCCAAGGUCAAAAUUAAAGAGCAACAACCAUCGAAAAGUACUUCAAAUGCCAACAAAAAUCAACGUAUCAAUGACGAUGACGAUGAUGAGAUUCAAUUGAAAUCAGCUCCUGUUAUCGGUAUGCUUUCAACUCAAAGUAUAACAAUGAAUAAUAAUGUUGAAAUACAACGAUUGACUGAAUCCGUUGAAACAAUGCGAACAUCAAUUCUGCAAGCAUAUCUUAAUCUACAUGAACGAUUUACAAAAACAACAGAAUUACAAACAUCAGCAUUAGCUGCACUAUGGAAAAAAUGUGAAACACAAACAUCAACGCAUCAACGUGAAACUGAAAAAUUAAGACAAGAAAAUCGAUUACUACAUCAACGUAUACAUGAACUUGAAGGUCGUUUAAAUACCAAUGAUACAAAAUUAACGGACGAAUCAUUGAAUUCUAGUAUGAAACCAAAUUCUAAUCUAUAUCCUCCACUUCGUGCUCAUAUAUCCAAACGCGACACAAAAAGUUUCUAUCUUCAUUGGAUACCUAAUCCAUUGAAUGAACAUCGUGGCAUACUUGGUUAUCGAAUAUAUAUUGAUGAUACAUUAAAAGGAGCUAUUGAUCCAGGCCGUUUCGAAGCUAUUAUCGAUUAUAUUCGUGACGAAGGAGAAUAUAAAAUAAAACUUCGAACCUAUAAUGAACAUGGAGAAUCAUCAGAUUCAAAUAUUGUUAUAGCAAGAUUUCGUCGUCAACAUUCACUGACGACAAAUUAUCGUACGCAAUCAAAUCGAGCGCUUGAUGAUAAUUAUGAAAGACAGAUAAAUGAAAAUUUUAUAAUUUCACCUAGAGAACAAGACGAAAACACUAUUUCUGUAACACCCGAAAAAAAGAUGACAAAAUCCAAUGAACAAAUUUCACCAUUUAAAAUAAGUCCUCACCCUACUGCUAACGAUAAUAAUAUUAUUACUCUUAAACCGCCAAAAUCACCAAGUUCUAGUCCGGGUCGAACUGAUAAAACAUCACCGAAUAGUAAUAGAUCGUGCAGUAAAGUUUUAUUCGAUCAUACUAACAACAGUGAUGCUUCAACAACAGUUAUCACAACAAAACGAAGUCCUACACGAAUUGGUAUUAUGUCUCGUCUUGCUAAAAGUCCACAUAGAUUGCAACGAAAUCAUAUUCUUACAAACCAUUCGCCCGUUGAAUUGAACAAUAAUCCAACAGAUGUGUUACCAGCAACAACAACAACUGAAAGAGUGGUUGCCUUUCAACCUGAUAUAUCAAAUUCAAUAAUUCCUGAUGCACCAUCGUCAAAUUCAUCAUCACCGCCACCUCCUAUUCCGCCACGUAUGGCAAAAACGACUAAUAACACUUGA